AUGAUGAAGAUUCUCCUUCUAUCGCCACGAAAUAGUGUCGCCGCUCAACUUGACCUCAUACGAGCUGCAAAAUGCGCAAAACAUUUUGUUACUUCUGGUCAGCUAUUGCCAUCUGUGGCGACGAUUCUGGCCGGUGCUGAUACUGAACUGCAAACAUUAGAGACCCCGACGGUUGAAAAGCUCUUGACCACUUUCACCAAGAACUGCCCAUACAACAAGAAUUCCGAUGAAGUAUGCGAUGAACCGUUGAUAGUGAUGCUACUUCGAGGUCAAUGGUUUUUGUGCAGCCCACCAUUCAACUUCAUUAUUAUCAUUGUCAUUGGAUUUACCACCGGUAUCAAAAGGCAUCGACAAAAUGUACUUAUGAUCUUUCCUAUCACUCCAAUGGCAGCCAAAGUACAUAACGCCCGCCGAUACGCAAAUACAGGCCGCUUAUAUUGCGCAUGCCCUCGUCAAUGGGAUAUCAUUUCAAAACUCCGUGAUCCUCCCGUUGCAGGCUGCAAUACCUUCAGCACAGUCUUAGUCUGGAGCAUUGAAGAACAAGUUUGA